ACCAAAGAAGAGAGAGGAGGCACCGCCUCAAUUUACAGUACAUCAACAGUGCACUGAAAGAAGUCUCUCACCCACGUCCACUAUUAUAACGUCGAGGACUCGCUUGUGGAUAUAGCUCGGAUUCUAGCUCAGGUGUUUGGAUUUUGGGACAUUCUUCCGGUCAUGAAUCGGGUUUCUUUGCCCGCCGCUGCUCUUUUGCUACUUACAUUCACGGUUUUAGUGUCUGUGGCUGUGGUGGAGGCACGUCAUUCCGCUGGGCUAAGGAGACACAAGAGGGAAUGGAUCAUCCCUCCCCAGAAACUAGAAGAAAAUGUAGACUACACCAAGAAAGAGUUUAUCGCCAAGAUCCGGUCAGAUUCAGAUGAUGGGACUGGUAAUGUGCAGUACUCUCUAACUGGGGUGGGAGCUUCUAAAUACCCCUUCAACCUGUUCAUAGUGAACCCUGACACCGGCUUUGUACGCAUCACUGGUAUCCUGGACCGGGAGACUAUCGCCAUGUACAAUUUGUCAGGUACCGCUAAGUUCACUGAUGGCAGUGAAGCAGAAAAGAACAUUGAUUUGAGGGUCCAAGUUGUGGAUCAAAAUGAUAACCCUCCUAUUUUCGGUGAUAUUUACCCAGGAGAGGUGUACGAGCUCAGCCCAGAAGGCACGCUCAUCAUGAAGUUGUUUGCGACAGACGCUGACGAACCAGGGAAUGAGAACUCUCAGAUUUCCUACAGCAUAAUUAAACAGGAGCCUCCAGGAGAGAGCAUGUUCUACAUCACCAAAGAAGGAGAACUGAGAGUAAAACGGGCCACACUGGACAGAGAGGUGCAGGACUGGUACAUGCUGACAGUGAAAGGUACAGAUCUGAACGGUAGACCAGAGGGCAACACCGGCACCGGAACCUUUAGAGUCAACAUCAAGGAUGUGAACGACAACCCUCCCACUCUGGAGAAAGAUGUGUAUGAGGGCAGUAUUGAGGAGAACACAGUGAACGUGGAGGUGAUGCGGUUCAAAGCGGAGGACAUGGACUUGGAGUACACUCCUAACUGGGCGACUCAGUUUGAAAUCGUCAAGGGCAACGAGGCUGGCUACUUCAGUAUUGAGACAGACCCCAAGACCAACGAGGGAGUUCUGAUGCUCAAGAAGUCUGUAGACUAUGAAGACGUCAAAUACCUUGAGCUGGGAAUAGCCGUAGCUAACCAGGCUCCACCCUAUAAUGGUGGAGGAGGAGGAGGAGGAGGAGGAGGAGGAGGAGGAGGAGGUGGAGGAGGAGGUGGAGGUGGAGGAGGAGGUGGAGGAGGAGGUGGAGGAGGAGGUGGAGGAGGAUUUGGAGGAUCGUGGUUUGGUGGUGGAGGUUCUACAGGGAAACUUAUGAAGACCUACCCAGUGAAGAUCGCUGUGAAGAACCAGCCAGAGGGGCCACGGUUUGACCCCAAGGUCAAGGCUAUCCCCAUCUCAGAGGGAGGAGACUUCAAGAUGAACAAGGUGAUCGGCUCCUACCAUGCCAUCGACGGAGACACACUAAAGCCUGCACAGAACGUCAGGUAUGCUAAGGGCUCUGACCCAGACAACUGGUUGACCGUUGAUGAGUUGACUGGGGAUAUUAAACUCAAUAAGAUGCCUGACAGAGAGUCCAAGUUCCUGGUCAACGGGACAUACUACGCCAAAGUUCUCUGCAUGACCCAAGACAUGCCCUCUAAGACAGCCACGGGUACGGUAGCCAUCCAGGUGGAGGACUUGAACGACCACUGCCCCACUCUUACUAGUAACGUCCAGACCAUGUGUAUGACAGCCGAUGCUAUUACCGUGACUGCAGUGGACAAGGAUGCGUUUCCCAACGGAGCCCCCUUCACCUUCACCAUCAUCCCAGAGGGAACAGAGGGAGUGUGGGUGGUCGAGCACCUAAACGACACCUCGACCAUCCUGAGGUCCCAAAAGGAUUUGUGGCCGGGCUCCUAUGCAGUUGCCAUGGAGAUCCGCGACCAGCAGGGGCACGCGUGUCCUGACCCGCAGAAGCUAAAGGUAGAUGUCUGCACGUGUGCGGACAAAGGGAAGGCGUGCGCGACGCGAGGAGCUAAGGGCUCUACCGGGGCUGUGCUAGGGCCUGCAGCAAUUGGACUGCUCUUCCUGGGUCUGCUGACGCUACUGCUAAUCCCUCUCCUGCUGUUGUUCUGUACGUGUGGGGGUGCCGGAGGUCUUCCUGGGGGCUUCACUGAGAUGCCCUUUGACGCCAAGGCACAACUCAUUUCCUACCACACUGAGGGACAGGGGGAGAACACGGAAGUACCUCUGCUGAACGCACCAGUUCAGGUCGACACAGGAAGGGUCAAAAUGGCCAACGCGGGAACCAUUGCAGCAACGACCGGAGGGGCGGGGAUAAUGAUAGGUGGUGGUCAGUUACAGAACUCCUCCUCCACGAUGGGCGGUGGUUUCUACCAAUCAGACGGCCUUAUGGAUAUUGGAUAUAAGAAUGGAGGAGAGAUAAUCGGCCAUGGGAAUGGAGGGGGCUUUUAUUCUGAGUAUGAGAGCAGAGAGGGAGGAGGAGCCUAUGAAGGCAUCGCCCUGCCUGAUCACUACCUGGAGGAGUACUACUCUCAGAAAGCUCACUGUGCAGCUGAAAACCACGUCCAGAAGGACAGUAUGUUGGUGUAUGACUACGAGGGCCAGGGCUCUCCUGUGGGCUCGGUGGGAUGCUGCAGCCUCCUGGAAUCUGACAAUGACCUCCAGUUCCUCAAUGACCUGGGGCCAAAGUUCAAGACCCUGGCCGAGGUGUGCCGCGGAGAGAGGUUCCAAACCGAAGUCUCUGCCCCUCUGCCACCCAGACCCAUCAUCUCCAUGCCAACAGCAGCCAGCAGUGUGACGACCAAUGUGGCGUCCAGAGUGGUUUCCGCCGCCCCGGUCCCAGCCCCAGCACCGCCCCCUGCCCCGGCCCAGGUGACACACGUCGAGAGGACUGUGGUGAGGGAGUCAGAUCGUUCAGAUCGUUUGUCUACUCUGAAGAAGCAGGACAUGGUGGGAGGAAGCCAGGGCCAGACCUUGCUACUGCAGCAACAGCCUAUGUACUACACCACCAUGCAGCCUAUGAUGCAGCCCGUAGUGCAGCAGAUGCACUAUGUAGUGGAGCAACAGGUUCCCAACAUACAGGGCAUGAUAAUGGUCAACGGGCCUCCGUCAGGCUCGGCCCAGGGCCUGGUGCUGCAGGGGCAACGGGUGGUGACCGGUACCCAGGCUCAGGGCACCCUUGGCAGGGGAGAGGGAGGCCUGAUCCAUAUGGGGAACAUGUCUGGUUCUCAGGGUAUGAUGGUGGUGGAUGGGCCGGUGAUGCAGGGGGGGCAGAUGCUCCAAGGGGGGCAAAUGCUGCAGGGGGGGCAAGUUUUCCAGGGGGGGCAAGUUUUUCAGGGGGGGCAAGUUCUUCAGAGUGGUCAGUUGGUACAAGGGGGUCAGGUCCUUCAGGGGGGUCAGGCCUGGCUGCAGCAGAGUAGCUCCCUGCAGCGAGGGGGCUUAUCAGGGUCACAGAGCAUGCUGGUGAUGGAGGGACAGGGGGGUAGCAGCGGAGGUAGUGGGGUGCAGAAAGGCCAGGGAGGGGUGUUAGGGUUCUCCCAGGGGUCCAUGCAGAGGAACGGCCUCUCUGGCUCACACAGAGUCCUCUACACCACAGAGCAGAGCUCAGCCGCAGAGUCCAGCGUAGGCUCACAGAGCGGCAUUGUAGGAUUGAACGGGUCCUCCAGCAAGGUCAGCUUAGGCCCCGUCUCCUCCUCCCGCAAGGCAGUGAUAGAGAAGAGAGUUGUGACCAACCAGAGCACCAGUAAAUAAGGUCUUGACCAAUAAUAUAAUACUAUAAACACAAGACACAUUAAAUGCCACUGAAGCUAUUUAUUGAUGGAAAUGUCACCACCUUGGAAGUUUUGAUUUCAAUUCAGUGGUCAAGAUGGGGGUAUUUUUUUGUCCCUGAAGAGCAUAUCACGCUUAGAUGUAUAGUGGGUUUUAGAAUGAGAAAGUGCUAGAUUGUUGUUUAAAAAAUGUGGCAGUGGGUAAGUGUAAGUGUGUAGGUUCAGAAUAUUUUAUAGAUUGUAACCUUGUGUCUGCUUGCACAGCAAAUUCUAUCAGCUAGGCCUAUAAAGCAUCCCAACUUAGUUCUACCAGGCAGUGUGUACACGUGUGUUUUCACGUGAGUGCGAUUCAGCUUCCAUCUGAAAUAAUGAACUGUUUGAUUCCCUCUUGUGUGUACAAACACAAUAUGGUACCUUUAUUUGACUUUCUAAACUUCUGGGGGGACAAUGGUAAUUCUUCUUUUUAGCUGUUAAGUAAAUUAUGUGUAUUUCUGUCCCCUACUGAAAAAAAUCUUGGUCGACCGAAAGUUGUCUCUUCUUUCGACCAAUCGAUUGGUUAAAACGUGUAUUUUUCCAUGUAUAGACACAACCUAUGUGUUUUAAUCAAAUCAACUAUAUAUGCAUUGAGCUUGUCUGACGCUAUAAGCACACUGUUUGAUGAAAUAAGCACGAAUGACUCAAGAGGGAACCAGGGAUAAAGAUUUUUUUUUUAAAGAAUUUAUCUGUCCCGACCGUCCUCCUGCUCCUACUGGCCUUCGCAGAUUCUGACGUUACUGUCCUGAACUUGCCAGGAAUAGGCUACACGAGGAGUCAGCAAACUUUCUCAUGUGGAUUGCAAAUUUAUUUUACCAUUUCUACCGAUCUGUGUGCCAGUUAUGAUUUUCAUAUGCACAUUUUUGUGUAGCAGUUUUCAUUUAUAAUAACAUCUUUGUAUUUCAAAAUCAUUGUCAUGUGGUUAGUCAAAAUUAUCUCCAAAUCUAAAUGAAAAUGAUACAAACCUAAAAAGUUACUUCUAUUGCCAUUGCCAACUAUGUAAAAAGAGCCCAUAAAGCCAACAAAUAAAAACAUUGCAGCCUGCAGGUAGAAAAUAUCCUGAUAAAAAUAAAUAUCCUAUAAAUCACAUUGGCUACACAUGGCCUGUCUGUAACGAACUUGAAACAUUGUAUCAACUAUUAACUUGGGUCUGGCCUGAAGAACCUUGCCACAUUGUAUAAAAUAUUCUGGGCCCUCAAGAGUUUUGCGAGCCAAUGAGACACACCUUUAGGCUGUUUGUGCAAGGGAUAAAAAGUAAUCAGGUAGGCCUAUUUUAUGAUGUUUCCACUGGAUCAGAGCAUGACAUUUUUCCCUUUCACCACUGAGUGUUUAUCGAAAGGUAGAGAGCUGGAAAGAUUUUUCAAAUACAUUGAUGAACUAUUGUCAUUCUCAAUGGAUGUAAAAACAGACUUUGUUUGCUUGCUGUUUGAGGGGAAGAAAAGAUUACUUUGAGAAGCUCCACAGUGGUAAUGCAUUAGGCCGAACAGAAAUGCUAUCAGAUCCCCAAAUGGGCAUAUUUAUAUGCCUACAUGUGCCUGCAGGCCAGGUAGCCUAUAGGCCUACUUAUAUGGGUAAUCAGGAAUGCGUUCGAACUCAACAUUGACAGGAGCACUCCAAACAAAAGACAAUGGCUAAAUUGACAAAACUCGUAAAUGGAAUGAAAUAAACCAAACUUGUUUCUCACUAGUGUAGCAUAGGUUGUGCGCUCUGCAAACAACGUGUCCACUCCGACAAUGACAACGGUAAAAGACUGGAAUUAUAUUAUAUUGAAUGCAUUAACACACAUUACCGUAUCCAAAAAAACCUUGUAGAUUAGAAAUGAUAGGAAUUAACUGAAUGUACUACUACAUAUGUAAUGGGGAAUUGAUAGACACUAACAAUCAGAUGCCAACAAUUCACACUAUGAAGUUAUGAAACAAUGAAUGUUCACAAAUUGGCAGGAGAGACCGUGUUCUGGAGAGGGAAGUACAUUGUGAAGCCACGUGCCCCUUCUUGGACUGUGCCAUCCCCGCGACCUCUGCAAUGGAUUAGUUCACUGAGAUGGCCGCGAAUAAGACAGGCAUGUCCUGUGCCAUAAAAAUAUAUAUUCGCUACUGCUCAACUAAAAAAAAUCUUGGUUGACCAACAGCCUAUCUACCAAACAUUCGACCAGUCAAAUAAUUGGGGUCAACCCUAAUUUCUGUUGAUUCGCAUCAAGGAUCAACUUGAUUUUGAUUAGGGGCACUGUAUUGAGUAUUGAGCACUUCGUUACAGGCCAAACAAAUCUAAAGCUUUUUUGUUUUUCUAUUGGCUGUUAGUGUGAGUUUGUCAUCCACAGACGUGUGAUUGCUGUUAUUCUAUGUGAAUGGCUCCACCCACGUCUCCCUGAGAUCUCCCUGAGACAGGCUCUCAACCCCCACCACACGCGCAUGAAGGCACACGUACACACACACCUCCUCUUCAGUACGUGGGACUUGUCCAUGCACACCAAGACCAUGUUAGACUGUACAUUUCCAUACCAACCCUGACAUCUUGUCCAGUCAGUCUGAGAUUCUGCACCUUGUUGGCAACUUAUACCUGGAACCUGCUAGUCCGGCUGAGCAGGGCUCGGGCUCUGAGCAGGGCUCGGGCUCUGAGCAGGGCUCUGAGCAGGGCUCUGAGCAAGCCUCACAUAGGACAGAAGUGGAUGAGCUAUAGCCAAUAGGCAAAGAGAUACAACAGAAGUGGCUGAGCUAUAACCUAUAUAUUCUACACCCAUCUCUGGCAUACACAUCCAUAUUUGUUAUUUCAGUGAUUAGACAGGUUUGUUUAGAUAUUUUUAUUUUUUUGUCUCUGCUGGCCUUGUAUUGUAUUGUAACUAUUUGAUGGUUUUGUUUGAUCUGAGUCAUUAAUUGGACGUUCUAAAAGCAGCAAGCAUGUUCUCAAAGCUUGAAGCAUGAAGAAUGUUCUUCCAUUUUUCAGUCUUAAGCUCAAAACAUGGAAGUCGGAGUUUGUCAACGUAAUAAUGCUGAGAUUGUCAAACAGUUUUUCUCACUUAACUGUUGGGUGCUCAUUCUGAAACCAAAGUUUAAUAGCUAUGCCCCAAAGCUUUUAAUUAAAUCCAGGUUUGAUUGAAUCUAUACUUGUAGUUGCAUCAGUUAUAGUACUUGAGGAUGGGUCUUAGUAUUUUUAUGUUGUUUGUGUUUUUGUGUACAAAUAUUCUCAUAUUUUUAUGUAACUUUUUUAUACCUUGUUGUGUUUGUGUAUGCACUCAGACUGUUACCUAAACAUGGAUUCGUCCAAUCAGGGUCUAUUUUGUUUUUAACAAAAGAGGGGGAAAUUAUUACCACUUGUCUAGGACUAUCUAAUAAUUCUCAAAGUACCAGGAGAACAUUGUAUAGUUAUUUUAUGUUACUUUUUUAUUAAAUGCACUGGUAUGUACUUUGUCAAACGCUGGGUAUAUCUGAAAACAGUUUUUCUUAGUCGUGUUUGUUCCAGAGAAAGUUUGGCAAAAAGGAGAUGACUGAGAUAAAGAACUAUUGCUGUAUUGCACAAGAAGACACAAACUACUGACCUCCUGCACAGUCACUGUCUUUGUGGUCUGUCUGAUCUCAGAUUUCAUCAACCAAAUGUCAUCAAGCCAAUGUUUCAUCUCAACUGUAUUUAGAGAUCAAAGUCCUUUUUGUUAUUUAGACUGAAGUUAGGAGUGUCCGAUACAUUAAUUAUAUACAACACUUUUGAAGCAAGUCGGUUAUAUGAAUAACAAUUAUAGUACGCUAUCCCUUAAAGUUUUGACAUGAGUCAGUCCAAUCAGGCUUUUAUCUACUGAAACGUCUCUGGAACACUCGCUCUUAAGUUAUGUUUCUAUUUUGGUUUGAAAAAGAGACAUUAUUUUAAAUGUUACAGCUUCAAUAAAGCUCCUCUUUUAUUA